CGCGCGUGGGAAAAUUUUUACCUGAAAUGCAAUUUUAAUUAAUUUGUUGGGGGUUAGUAGAAUGGAUAUGUCGUAUUGUUUUUCGGAGGAUUUGAUCUUUGAGAUAGUGAUUUCGUGGUCAUUACAAUGCUGAAUGUCACAAGUUUGUUAUAGGUAUUGGGCAGUCAGUUUCGUCACCCGGUUUGUGCAUCCCCAUUGGGGGGCACUCCUUGGACACGGGUGGCCCCGUUGGGGUAGGACGCGCGCGAAGCAGGAACAGCACCGUUUCGGUCGGUCCGUCGGUCGGGGGCUGUGAGCAAUGAAUGUGCCAGACUGCUUGUCUGGUGGAGGACCAAAACCGUUUCGAGUCAGUCGGGAAGAUGUGCAAGCAGUUUAUCGCGACCGGCCAACGUGGCAAGACCUCCUGUACAGUGCGCUUCUGUGUGUGGGCGGCUUUGGGAAAAACUGAUUCGCUGCCACUAUUGUUGCUCUGCAUCCGGGCAGGUCAAGAGUCUGGAAACAGUGCGCCGCAUUUCUUCGAGUGCUUCCUAAUCGACGUCGGCGCCGCUGACAAUUAACUGCAGUUUCAGUUGAGCGGUGCAUCCUGAAAGGUUGCUGCGUGGACAAAAGAAGCCGGAACUUAAAAUGUUUAACGGUGUACAAUCAAAUCAAGUUUUGUGAACUAAGAUCAAGUGAUUCCAAAUAGUUAUUAGGAAAUUUUGUUUACGUAUUUUCGGAAAUCUUAAUCGACUUAGAUCCCCUUAGUAGAUCCUCUCCGUCCCAUCAUCUAAGAAUAUCGCCACUGUGAGAAGUUGCAGUUUGUAAAGUAGUUCAAUGUGUGUUUCUUAGAUACUAGCUGAUUUAGUAAAUUUCAAUAAGCUAUCCUCGCAAGAAGCAAAGCUCACUUCAUUUUUAGAACGGUUGUGAUUGUUGGCUACCAUAGAAAUUCUUGAUCAAUUAGAGAAUGAAGAAAUCGCUCCUCCUGUGCUGGUGUUGAAAUUGAAGAUUUUUGUUGCUGUAAAAAAGUUUGUCAAAGCAGAAACUUAAUUUGGUGAACCAAAGUGCGAGUGUGAAAGUGUGCUUGAAUUAAAUUUAAGAGGCCGACAAGGCAAAGCGGAAAAAAAUCUUUCUGAAGGUGAACCAUAAAUUCAAAACAGUGGAAAGAAAUCAAGUGACAGUGCUUUUCCUUUCUGUCCUUUAUUUUUUGCUUUGAACGAACAAGUGCUACUACAGGUCCUCGGGGCUCGACGCAGAAAGGACCACGUCUACCCUGUCUCAUUUUCCCAUAAACAUUUCGCCACGACCCUCGGCAGGCAAAAGGGCACCGGCAGUUAAAACAGUUACCGAAAGGACGAAGCGGGAAGUUCGUUUCAUGUUUUUCCUUCUGGCUUGAGUCACGCUCUUUUCCGGCACACUUGCUGCUGUUGAGACCUGCUUCCGUUCCAUAGUAGUCACCCACUUGUACCGCCCGGAAGACUGUCUAAUCUGGUGAAAUAUUGUUGCUUCCUCUUUUGGCUCGCAGCACAAGAUUCUGCUGCAUCGUACAGUACGCGAGUGAAUGAGUUUCACACCCAACGUCUCCCCACCCCACCGAACUGAUGCGAAAUCAGUGAUGUAAGGAAUCGCAGGCUAAACGAAAUACGAGAAGUGUUGAACCAAAUCUUUCUUCCCACCACUCGAACACUGUAAACACGUAAUAAUUCUCUCCGCAACCCCGUAACCAUCCACUCCCCGAAACCGAUAAUAGCCGAACAGACAACCGGAAAAUCCAGAAGAAAAACUAUCACAACUAUUGAGAAAGAAAAUCCCUCCCCCGCUAUCGUCGACGAUUUCGGAAAAUCGAGAAGAACAAAGGUGCGACAAGUGUGAAGCACGUGCCAUCGAAAUGCUACUCGGUGCAGCAGUAAGCUUUUCCUCAAACCGAAAAGAAGAGCGGUGUUGGUGAAGAAAACACGAGAAAGUAAAAAAAAACAAUCAUCCAACCCCAGAAGGACCAAGCACAGAAAGGUGCUGCUGAGCCGUGCGCUUCAACCAUUGGCACCCGAAUCGAUCCGCAAUCCUGCUGCUGGAUGUUGUCGUCGUCCUCGUUCCCGUCUCGGACCCUGCCGUGCAUCCGUGCGUUCAAAGUGAUGAUGAGUAAUCGAAACUUGCUGCUGCAGAGUGGAUAAAGUGUCGAAAGAGAUACGGACUCCGAUACACGAGGCUGGUGUGGGACCGUGUGUGAGGGACAGGGUGUGUGGGUGUUAGUGCAAAGGAACAACAACGGGCUCUCUUGAACACGAACAACGCCCCAACGCCAACGACAUUCGAAUCACAGGGGACGGAUUAAGCGUACGAUGAGCUAUCAGCAAGGAAAAGGUCGUCUCUACCCAAGAUACUCGCUGAACUCGUCAGACAACGAGGACACUCCCAUCCAUCGGUCGAUCUACGCACAACCGUACAACUCGCAACUUCAACAGCAAUCACAACAGCAACCCCAAACGAACCUACCGAUAGUGUUGGGAGGAGCAGGACUUCAAAACAGUAGUUGCUACAGUUAUCGUAGCUCGGGAAAGGGAAGUGCUAGUGUCGGAAACUAUCAGCAACAGCAACAACAACAACAACAACAGCAUCAGCAGAUUACGACCCCAUCUUCGGAUAAUGGUUCGAGUGCAACACUGACGGACGCGGAGGCGGCACUGGCAAGGGAAAACACGCUGCUUGUUAAUAACGGUACGUACAAAGUAUCCUAUGUUCACCAAAUGUACCAACCCGAACGUACAUUCGACAGAAACGGGUAAGAAGAAGGAGGCAAGUAAACAUGACAGCCGGAAAAACCAAGGAUUACGUUUCAUGGCUACUACGGUUAUUCUUCAAACAAAAUCCAAACACUCUUUUUCUGGGAAAGCAAGGGGGUGACUUCGGUGAGAUCAAGUAGCCGUAGAUUCUGAAACCUCAACGAUUCCGAAGGUGUGAACCAAUUGCGCAUGGUGGUGGUGGCAGCGGGGGCAGACACCCCGAGCCUGAAGCUCGGGGAGAGGUUAGUUAGCAUAUCUAGCAUGCUUACACCAUGUGUGUGUCGUUUACGUGUAAGAGAGGAGGCAUCAAGCACCAUUCCGGAUUCUGGUAUUUGUUUAGGACACACGUUCCGAGAUGAAGAUUCGAACCAUGUCGGAACAGAACUUACAACAUUUCCCGUCAUCCUCCGCCGGGUCCUAUGCUGUGCUCUCUUGGAAGUGACAAAAAAUAUCUCAUCCGGAUCCACCACUGAUGACGACGACGACCGUUCGGGAAUGAGAGAAGAUUUUUCCGAUAAUAGAAAGAAAAUUUUUGCACAAACAAAACAUCAAAAUCAUUUCCGUGAUUUUUAUUUUUGUUCAAGAAAAUGUGGAGAGAUUGGCGUAAUCAAUAAAUGCAUAAAUAAUUAAUGAA